AUGUUCAAGUCAGAGGUUGAGGGAGGUAGAACGUCAUCUCCCCCAUCCACUCGUGGGACUCCACCAGCGACGGCAAAAAAGGUGAACGCCUAUAGAAUCAAAGAUGAAAAGGAAACACCGGAUGAUGAUAGGAUAUUAUCAAUUUCCAAAGGAAUCAGUGUCAUGAAAGAGGUUAUGGAUAGACUAAAGGAGGCUGGUAUGGAUGACGAUGAUGACACAGAUGAAAAUAGCAACACAAAGCCCAUGCUUAAGUCAGCAACUGUGGAAAUACCAAAAUCGAAACUCCAACAAGAGCCCCAACCUAUCACAGAGGAUACAAUACAACCACACAAUAACUUCGUCUCAAUUAUGACGGGAGGGGGACGCUUUGAUUUCGAUGAUGGUGGGACCUACUGUGGCGGUUGGGAGGACGGCAAGGCGCAUGGUAAUGGCGUCUGCACCGGGCCCAAAGGUAUGGGAGAAUACUCUGGUGCUUGGCAACACGGAUUCGAACAUUUAGGAGUUUACACCUGGCCAAGUGGUAACUGCUAUGGUGGACAGUGGACUCAGGGCAAGCGACAUGGUAUAGGUACAGAGGCCAAAGGAAAGUGGUUGUACCGAGGUGAAUGGACUCAGGGGUUUAAAGGUCGAUAUGGAGUCAGACAAAGCACCAACUCUGGGGCCAAAUAUGAGGGAACUUGGACCACUGGCCUCCAAGAUGGAUAUGGAGUGGAAACAUACGCUGAUGGGGACCUGAUACCUGUUGGUCCCAGCAUGAUAAACAGGGACCGUAAUGCCAAUCGGACUGUUAACAGACAAAGUGUAUACCAAGGUCAGUGGUUACGAGGGAUGCGACAUGGUUACGGAGUACGACAAAGUGUGCCUUAUGGGCUUGCCAGCCACUAUCGACCUAAAGGAAUCCGUGAUUCUAUGACCUCACUACGCAGUGAGAAUGAAGAUGAUCAACAGGUUCGGGAACGAGAUCGUAAACUUGACGAGACUCGUGGAGGCUUUGUGUUAAAAGCCAAGGGUGAGGAGGACCUACACAGACGCUCAAUAUUCGGCCCUGGGGGCUCCGGAAGUACAAAACAUUCAAGCCUAAGAAAAAAUAUUUUCAGCGGGUUAAAACUACGCAAACAAAAAAGUACAGGAGAUAUAAAUGACUCUCCCCGCCGCCCUGGUGGUUCAAUCCGAAGCACAGUUAGUAAUAUGAGCCACACGAGUGGGGAUUCAGGUCAUUCAAACCUUACCACCAACUCCCAUCACACAGACUCCAACCUUAGUUUCUUCUCCCAAGAUGACAUACUAGAUAUGAACUGUACGGAGACGUACAUGGGUGAGUGGAAGAAUGAUAAACGUUCUGGGUUCGGUAUCAGUGAAAGAACGGAUGGAUUAAAAUAUGAAGGCGAAUGGUUUAAUAACAAAAAGCAUGGAUAUGGAGUUACGUCAUUCAAAGAUGGGACCCGGGAGGAGGGAAAGUACAAGAAUAAUGUGCUCAUAUCUUCAGGGAAGAAAACAAAACUGAUCCUUAUUCGAUCAAACAAACUGAGAGAGAGAGUGGACAGCUCCGUCAUGGCAGCACAAAGGGCUGCACAAAUUGCUAUGCAAAAGGCCGACAUUGCUGUGUCGAGGAUGGCCAAUGCCAGGGUGCAGGCUGAAAGAGCGGACAUGUCAGCCCUCCAAGCCAGGAAAGAGUCAGAUACAGCCAGACUGAAAGCUAAGGAACUUGCCCCAGAAUUUCAUCAACCAGGAACUUUAGUUCUUAAGAAUAAACUGAAGGAACUGGAUGGUGUGGUAGACAUGGAAAAUCUUAAAGCAGUCCCCUUGGAGAAUAACAUGCCUCAUCAUCGUUCAAAAUCAAUGAUGCUAAAACGAGCAAAUGGUGAAGGCGUGAGAAACGGGGAAGGCACAAAAACACCGAUGUCUGCAUUAUCAUCAGCACUUGAUUGUGCCAUAGCUGGCAGUUCACCACGCACCAGUCAACGGCUCAAUCCAAACGGCAACCCACGAAUAGGAAAUCAUGUUCAGCGAAGUGGGGAUAGCUCACCUAGCGGUUCAAUGGCUAGAAGCCCUAGUACUAGGAAUCGUAGAUAUAGCUUUGAAGGCAAGCAACUCUUAAGUGAACUGAACACCUCGGCUGUAUUAACUGAUCAUUUUGAUCAAUACAGUCGAAUGAGAGAUGACAGUGGAUUAGGCCGGGAAAUAUACAAUAAUGAGGAUAGAUAUACUAAUGAACAAGUUCAACAUAAUGACAGGUCCCCAGAUUCUGGGGUCCAUGAGACGGAUUACAAUAGGUUAGGUUCACUACAAAGACGCAAAACAAUGCCUUCAAUAGUAAAAGGCGAACCUAAUAAAUCUUUACCUCCUAAAUCGGCCGACACAGUGCAUAGUUCAGAAAACAUCAACCCUGAAGAUUCGGAUAUAUUUAUAAUAGAGAAUGGUAUACGCAAACGAGUGCGUGCAGAAACAAAUACUAAACCCACCCCAACCCCUGCUGCAAUCCCUAAAAGAACUAUGGAUGAUAUCAAAGUUGAACGACCCUUACUUAGUAGAUAUAAAAUGGAACCUGCUAGAAAAGGUGGCUUAGGAUUAUCAAGGGGAGUAGAUAGAGGCAGUUUACCCGAUGUUUCAAAGGUCGGCACGGAGAAUAUAAUGCCAAGAGCUGAAGCAGCAAAACUGAGCUCAGCUCGUCGACAAGAGGUUCAGCGAUUGGCUGAGGAAGAACAACGACGUAAGGAAGGAGAGCUGGUUCUCAGAUUGUCUGAUUUAAAGGAUUGGGUUGAGGAGCGGCAGUUAUUAAUGCUUGUCAUAGGAGUCAAUGUUACCUUAGCAACCAUGUUCUUCAAUUUAUUGUCAUAAAGACCAGACAAUAAAUCAUGGAUAUACAAAAUGGUAUGGUUACCAUAGUGAUUCAGCAUGUCUGGACAUGUCAGAUUGAAACCCACUGGAAUGUUUUACAUCCAUAUAAGGAUAGAUUGGACUGACGACUGUGACAGUAGUCACCAAAUUCUCUGAAAUUGGGAACUUUAGGAGCUCUUCAUGACCAAUUGGAAAACUGAGCUGAGUGCACCUUGAAUUGAAUGCACAUUGAUCGCAUAUGACCAACAAGCUAUGAGCAGUAUGUGUAUAGAGUAUACACACAGAUUUCUAAGACAGGACUUAACAGAUAGCUAGCUAUUUUUGCAAAUGAUGGCUGAAAUGCGUCUUAGUCAUAUUUAGAUCAAAGGGUUUUUAUCAAUUUUGAAUAGCAUAAUUCUGAAUAUGGUUACUUUCCAGCAGAUGCAGGUAUUUAGAUAGCCAUAAAUGAACUGCUAUUUUACCUUUAUUAUACCCUUU